AUACAGUCUGGGCCUAGGUCUCUAAUCCUAGGACUAUAUAAUAGUGGUUUUGUUUCCUCUCUAGUCAUGUCGUCUUCUCAUGCAUAUACUCUGCUGAAGAAGGAGAUAAAAACAAUUGCAGACCUUUCUAGAUGGCAGAAAUCACAGGCUUUCAAGGAAUACCAGGCUUUCAUAGAAACUCUGAAUAAUGCUGUAAAAGGCAAGAAAGUUUCAGAUGAUAUUGAAGAGACACCACAAUGUAAGAAGUUACUUGAGCUUCUAGACACUCUCAGUAUGUGGAUAGAUGAGAUACCGCCAGUAGAUCAGCCACAACGUUUUGGUAACAAAGCAUACCGUACAUGGCUUGAAAGACUCACAGUAAAUUCAGAAACCCUACUGAAGAAUAUUAUAGAAGAAAAAGAUUGGUCGUCUAUUAUAGAAUUACAAGGCUAUUUUAAUGAUGGCUUUGGGAACAGUACACGAAUUGACUAUGGAACAGGCCAUGAGAUGAACUUUGCAUCAUUUUUAUGUUGUCUAUUCAAACUCCGGUACUUGACGGACCAAGAUUAUGAAGCUGUCGUUCUCAGGGUGUUCUGCAGGUAUUUGACAUUAAUGAGGAAGUUACAGACUGUUUAUAAGAUGGAGCCAGCUGGUAGUCAUGGUGUGUGGGGCUUGGAUGAUUUCCAGUUCCUGCCUUUCAUUUGGGGAAGCUCUCAGCUUAUAAGUCAUUCAUUGAAGCCAGAGGCCUUCAUUGACCCAGUAGUUGCCAAGAAAUCAUCUCAUGAUUUCAUGUUCAUGGCUUGUAUAGCAUAUAUAAAUGAGGUAAAAACUGGACCCUUUGCAGAGCAUUCCAACAUCCUGUGGGGAAUCAGCUCCAUCCCACAUUGGACAAAGGUCAACUCAGGACUUUUAAAAAUGUAUAAGGCAGAGGUUCUGCUGAAGUUUCCAGUUAUACAGCAUUUCUCGUUUGGCACUAUGUUGUCCAUUAAUCCUGCUGAAGUAUGACCUAUGACCUAUGUACUUUCAACUGCAUCGUCAGUGCUAGAACACAGUGUAUACUGUACCAGCACAAGAUACUGAAUAUGUGCACAGUGUUAAAUCGUACACUUGCCGAGUAAACCUCAGCAUGCUGUCUCAGAGUGGAGUCUUGUUAACGUAAGAGGUAGUGUCUGUGAUGUGAUAGAUGCUGAAGGUUGGUGUUUCUAUCAGAGACAAUAAACACCAAACCUGCAAAACCUGCUUUGUUCCUUGUUGAUAUCUAAGGAAAAAAUACUGCUAAUUAGUAUGGCAGAGUGAAACGUAUACUGCAUACUUUAAUAUAUUUUUUAAGCAUCAUAAAGACAUUAUUGAAAUGGUUUAUGAAAGUCAGGCUUGGAAAAUGCGUGCAACCACCAGUCAGAGCCAUCAUGUACUGAGCUCAAUGGAACAUUUGCCAGUUUUCAUUUUAUUACCAAUGAUUUCAACACAACAGUCAUGGAUGUCAGGUACCAAGUGUGAUUGUUACUUGGUUACUUACUUACUUGCUUGGUUACUUAGUUGAUAGAUCCUUUUGUCCUUCUGGAAGGGCCCUCAGUUGUUUAUUUAAAUAAAUAUAAUUGUUUCCCUUACUUAAAAGUAAUGUAUGGGUGAGUUUACAACCAAGAUUAUUUUCAUGGUCAGAAACAAAUAAAAAUAAAUAUUCUAUAACCUAAAAGUA